AUGACGUCAAGGCUCGAUCGCCUAGUGCUCUUGUUAGAUACAGGAAGUCCGGUCAUUCGAAAUACCGCCGCAGACCAGCUCGCCGACAUACAAAAGGCCCACCCACAUGAGCUGUACAACCUCCUGGGCCGUGUCGUACCAUUCCUUCAGUAUCAGUCUUGGGACACGCGAGUCGCAGCAGCGCGAGCCAUCGGCGGUAUCAUCGACAAUGCUCCCAAUUGGGACCCGAACCAGAACGAAGAAGAGGCAAUACGCCUGAAAGUGGAACUAAGCGGAGAAGUGGCUUUAGAAUCAACGAAAGCGGAGGAUCCUGAUGCAGCAGCCAUCAUAUCUGCAGAAGAUCGUUUCAAUUUCGCUGACUUCAACGUGUUGAAUAUCAUCAAAAAUGGACAGGCACUGCUUGGUAGCGCUGGAAGGGAGUAUGACAAUAAUCUCGAGGGCCUCUCUAAUGAAGAGAGACUGGCAAGGGCAAAGCAGAGUAUCACAGCUAGGCUUGGGCUUGGAGCCGAGUAUAUGGACGAUGAGAUCCUCACCACACACGACGUUGGAGCACCUGUAAAGCAAAUGAGCAAGCCAGCCUCACCCAUGCCGGCUGCGAGAGUCGAAAUGCCUCGCCCUCCAUCACGCGAAGUCACUGCUGAUGGCGAAGAAGCGCUCUCAGCCAGACAGCGGAAUAUGAUGAAGCGCAAAGCAAAAUUGGUAGGUCGCAAUGGCGGAAACAAGGUACGAGUCAUUGACGUCUCCGGUACACCAACGGGUGGAACCCCACAAGGCGACGAGACAGCUGUGGACUAUAUCGCCGUUACAGACCAGGCCCAAAAUGAUGCCAAAGUCGUGGUUGAGCACAAACGCGUCGCGGAUCCUGCUGCCACGUUGCGCUCUGCAACCGAAAGGGACGCCUGGCCUCUUGAAGCUCUGACAGAACUCUUGUCAAUAGAUCUAUUCGAUACCAAGUGGGAACGACGUCAUGGCGCGGCCAUGGCACUGAGGGAAGUCUUUCGAGCGCAAGGUCGUUGUGCUGGUAGGCUACUGAAAAGCACUCGAGGUCGAAAUGACAGCCUUAAUGAAGCCUUUCUCGACGAUAUGGCAUGUCGAAUCUGCUGUGUAUUUGCUUUAGACCGCUUCGGAGAUUACGUGGCCGAUCAGGUUGUUGCACCGGUCAGAGAAUCCGUCUCCCAAACUCUUGCAGCACUAUUGAAGCACUUGCCUCAACGCUCCAUUGUCGCCACUUUUGGGCUCCUGUGUCAGCUUGUUUAUCAGCCCGGUCUGGAAAAAGCAGUAUGGGAAGUCACACAUGGCGGAAUGCUGGGUCUCAAGUACCUAGUGGCAAUGCGAAAGGACGUGAUUCUCUCCGAUGACGCGCUUAUGGAUAAACUUUUUGCGGUCGUCUUUACUGGACUAGCACAUGCUGAUGAUGACGUUCGCGCGGUCGCUGCUGCAACCCUCAUCCCGGUCGCAGAGGAUUUAAUCGCCAGAAAGCCUGCCGUUAUUGAUGAUCUACUGCAAGUCUUGUGGGAUUGUCUUGCUGACAUGCGCGAUGACCUGAGUGCCAGCACAGGCAGCGUGAUGGAUCUGCUCGCUAAGUUAUGUUCUCUUGGGCCGGUCAUUGCGUCUAUGCAAAGAAAAGCUACCGAAGACGCUGCUCGAACGUUCGCAAAUCUGAUGCCGCGGCUAUAUGCGUUCUUUCGACACACAAUUACGACAGUGCGCACAGCUGUCAUGCGGGCUAUACAAGCUUUUGUUAUUGCUGAUCGAGAUCAGUGUACAUCAUGGGUUGAUGACCGGCUCUUGCAAUUGGUCUUUCAAAACCUGCUCGUGGAGCAAAACAUCACAGUCCUUGAGCUUUCUUUCGAAUUCUGGACAACGUGUCUGGAUAGCGUUGGCGCACGGAAAAGACUCUACGUCGAAUCAUUGGAGCCAAGUCUCGACCUCGUCAGCACUCCUAUAGGAAGGGGUCGUCAUUCUUUCCCGCUCAACAGAGGUCAUCUCAUUCGUCCAUCUGGUAGAACAUAUGGUUCCGCCGUACUUCCACAGUCGGACGCUCCGAACAGGCGCGGCAAGAAGAAGGCGGACACUGUGAUUGUUGAGCAUUCGCACAAUAUUGACGGGCCAAUGCUUGAUGGGGAUGUUGAGCUCGUGGGCUUUGGCACGAUGAUCCGCGCAAGGACUUACGCAGCGAGGGCGCUCGGUCGGUUACUGAGCCAUUGGCCGUCAGACGCGGUAACGCGUCUGCUGACCAGCUCGUUCUUACACCGUCUAUCAUCGGGAUCAUCGGGAUCAUCGACACCGAGAUACAUAAAUGCAGCCCUCUUGCAGGAAUUGCUUGAACACACACAAGUGGAAGGCAUCAAAUCUGCAGUUCACAGCCUGUGCGAGCCUCUACUGACACCGAGCCAAGAUCUGUUUUACGCCAAUACUGCGUCAAGUUUAUUUGCUCUGCGUGCGCAGUGCCAGAGCCUAUGCAAUACAUUUGUUGAGGUUGGCCGCGUAACUCGCGACAAAGUGCCCCACCUCCCACCAGUGCAGGCCACAGGUGGAGGUGGUCCUGAUCAAUUUGCGUUGGACGACGCUCGGCGGCUGAUGGGGGAGCACUUUGAUCGUUUGAAGCGAUCCAUGCAAGGAUCCUUCAAAGGCUCGACGGCAAAAGCAAUUGAACAAGCACACAGAAUUUGUUCGCAGGCUCUUGAGCAGGCAAUCAAUGUCAAAGCUGCCGAAGACUGUAGAGUCUCUGCAGCCGCUGCAGGAGCCCUCGUGGCUUCCGGUGAAUUGCCUAAGAAGCUCAACCCAAUCAUCAGGUCCCUCAUGGAAAACACCAAGACAGAAGAUGAGCCGUUCAUCCAAAAGCGUUCUGCCCGAAGCCUGGCAGUCUUCGUUGCUGUUUGCCAUGGAUGUGGUCGUACAGCGGCGCUGGACAAGCUUGUCAAGAACUUGUGCGCCUUCCUUUGCAUCGACACAGCCAAGACACCGGAAUUCCACAGACAUCUUGUGCUCACCGACUCAAUAUAUUCAGUCAAACGCGAUGCCCAGAUAAUUGAAGCUUCCAUGAGUUCACCUGGUGAGCGACAAGACGCAAUCAUCAAGCGUAUGGGUGCAAGAAUGGCAUUGGAGGAAAUGGCAAGGAAGUUUGGUGCUGAUCUCUUCCAGGUUGUGCCGACACUAAAGCAUUGUAUCUACGAUCCAUUACAAUGGGUGUCUGACUUUCAAAAUACCUUACCGACAGCUGACAAUUUUUCGACUCGAGGUCAGGAGCUUGUGGACUGUCUUUGCAUACUUGGGGAUCUCAUCUCAUGUUUCGACCCCGUGCUACAGAAGCAAGUACUUCAUCAAGCACCUCAAAUUUUGAGCGCUCUCACGAGCGAAUAUGCUGCCAUCCGCUUCGCAGCUGCAAGCUGUUUCGCCGCAUGUUGCCAAGCAGUCACGAUUGAAGGGAUGCAGGUUGCCAUUGAAGAGGUUGUGCCAAUGAUUGGCAACACUGCAAGUCUUCGCCAUCGACAAGGGGCCAUUGAAGCUGUGAACCUUCUUGUACAAGUUAUGGAUGUGCGUAUCUUACCGUACAUCAUUUUCCUCAUUGUCCCGGUUCUUGGCCGGAUGAGCGAUUCAAACGACGACAUACGCAACUUGGCAACCAGGACAUUUGCUCAGUUGGUCAAGCUUGUGCCGCUUGAAGCUGGUAUACCAGAUCCUCCUGGCAUUUCAGAGGAGUUGCUUGCAGGCAGAAACAACGAAAGGAGAUUCAUUCACCAAAUGCUCGAUGGAAGUAAAGUUGAGCAUUUUAAGAUCCCCGUUGCCAUCAAAGCAGAUCUACGCUCUUAUCAGCAGGAUGGCGUCAAUUGGCUUGCUUUCUUGAACAAAUAUCAGCUGCAUGGUAUACUUUGCGACGAUAUGGGAUUAGGCAAGACACUGCAAACAAUCUGCAUUAUUGCUAGCGAUCAUCACAAUCGCAAGGCGCAGCAUAAGCUCACGGGUGCUGAUGAAUGGUCGGCCCUGCCCAGUCUGAUUGUGUGCCCACCAACAUUGACAGGCCACUGGCAAUAUGAGAUUGCCAAUUAUGCUCCGUUUCUUGAAGUGAUCAAUUAUGUGGGAUCCCCUGCUGAGCGCCGAAAGCUGUAUGCAAGAAUAGCAACCGCCGACGUUGUGGUCACAUCUUAUGAUGUCGUGAGAAACGAUGUCGACGUCCUUUGUCGUCAAAAUUGGAAUUACUGUGUUCUUGACGAGGGUCACAUCAUCAAAAACGCGAAAGCUAAAUUGACGCAAGCGGUCAAGCUCAUGAAGGCUGGUCAUCGUCUCAUUUUGUCAGGGACACCAAUACAGAACAAUGUGCUGGAGCUCUGGUCGCUCUUUGAUUUCUUGAUGCCAGGUUUCCUUGGCACCGAAAAGUCAUUCUACGCGCGCUACGCAAAGCCAAUUGCAAGUAGCAGGGAGGCCAAGAGCUCUUCAAAGGAGCACGAAGCAGGUAUGCUGGCACUAGAAGCACUUCAUAAGCAAGUGCUGCCAUUUCUCUUGCGACGCCUGAAGGAAGAUGUCCUUUCAGACUUACCCCCGAAGAUUAUUCAGGAUUAUUACUGCAACUUGAGCCCUCUUCAACAAUCAUUAUACACCGACUUCACCAACUCUCAAGCCCAGACGGUGGUUAACGAGACAAGCGGCGACUCGGACAAGUCCGGCAAGACUCACGUCUUUCAAGCCCUUCAGUACAUGCGGAAGCUCUGCAACCAUCCUGCUCUUGUCUUGAAAGAAACGCAUCCAAAAUAUGCAUCUACGGUCAAGUCGCUCAAAUCCCAAGGAUCGACAUUGAGCGAUGUCAAGCACGGCCCAAAGCUACUUGCACUUCGCGACUUGCUGCUCGACUGCGGACUCGGCUCGCAACAUGCUGAUUCCUCGCCUCUUGUCACGAGUGCUGUCAAUCAACACCGAGCACUUGUGUUUUGCCAACUGAAGGACAUGGUGGACAUGGUCGAACAAGAAGUUUUCAAGAAUUUGCUGCCAACUGUUUCAUACAUGCGUCUCGAUGGCAGCACAGAGCCCCGUCAUCGCCAAGCCGCGGUGCAAAAGUUUAAUGCCGACCCAUCGAUCGAUGUUUUGCUCCUCACAACUCAUGUUGGAGGCCUUGGCCUUAAUCUUACCGGCGCAGACACCGUGAUAUUUGUGGAGCAUGACUGGAAUCCCAUGAAAGAUCUACAAGCAAUGGAUCGUGCUCAUCGCCUUGGUCAAAAGAAGACUGUGAAUGUUUAUCGGCUCAUCACAAAGAAUACGCUAGAGGAAAAAAUUAUGGGCUUGCAGCGUUUCAAGCUAAACAUAGCAUCUACAGUUGUCAACCAGCAAAAUUCUGGACUAGCGACAAUGGGGACUGAUCAGAUCCUCGAUCUCUUCAGCACGGAGAAUACGGAGGAGAAGCCGCGCGCUUCAAAUGACGAUGGUCUCGACGCGCAAGGCAAUCUGAUUGCUAUGGGUGGCCAAAAGGCAUUAUUUGACGAUCUCCAAGAGUUGCACACCCACUCGGAGUACGCCGAUUUUAAUGAUCUGUCAACGUUUGUUUCCAGCUUGUGA